AUUUGAGAUAGAAGGUGAAUGUGUGGAGAAUUGGGAAGAUGAAGUGGAUCGUCUGCUACACAUUGUUCUUUACGAUUCUUCAAGUUUAUAAUGCAGUUACAACAGGAGAAAGUCUUUGUAAAGUUACACAUCAGAGAGAUGAGUGUGGAAACCGGGGUUGGUUGUGGAAUUGUAGUCACCUCAACUAUCGAAGGGUUCCUCUUGAUUUCAAUGCAAUGUUUAAAGGCGAAACAGUAUCAAUUGACCUUUCAUGGAAUAAUUUUACUUUGAUAUCAACAAAAACAUUUGCAGGCAUCAAAACAACUUUAUUAAGAAAUGUAUCAGCAUUAUAUUUGAAGAACAAUGGCAUAAAAUGUAUAGAUAGAUUUUCGUUCAGGCGUCUUCCUAGGCUGUGCGUUCUCGACCUUUCGUUUUGCAACUUGAAAAUACACACCCCACGAAAGUGGGCAUUUUUUUAUUUGGGUGAAUUGAAAAUUCUCUACAUACAUGGCAAUGAAUUUUAUAGACACGUUUCUAAUUAUAGCUAUCCCGAGAACGAACUAUCACGACUAUCGUCUUUAACAGAAUUGCACAUCGAUGUGUUUGAAGGAUUUAGAUUCAGAAGCAAAUUCAAACGUUUAAAGCAUUUAAGUAAAGUGAAAUUUUACCCAACUUCAUCCAUUUUCUACUUAGACAACAACACGUUUAAUGGAUUAUCGGAAUCUCCCAUCUACAAUCUGACAAUGAACUUUAAUCAUCACGUACGAUGUGAUGUCAGUGAAGAUAUACUGUGUUCAUUUCCUUUUCUAACGAGAACUACGAUGAGUUUUGGGGGCCUAUGCGACUUGAAUGCGGUACUAAAAACGUUAAAGUGCUUGCAAAAUCGAAACAUUGAAGAAAUCAUCGCAGUCUCAAAUAUUCCAGAUUUUAUUAGACAACUUUUCAUAUUAGAUGAAAAUAAUUGUAAAUAUCUCUUGAACAUCUGUGUCAAGUAUAUCGAUCUUAGCGCUAACAUGAUUGCAGGCAUAUCUGUAAAUUUACUUAAAUCUACAUUUGGAAGAUGUAUUGAACAUUUGGACAUUUCCCAAAAUCAGAUUAGGUAUAUGGAACCGUCGUUUGCGGUAGAUUUCUUAAAAAAUUAUCCUAAACUCCAGUAUCUCAAUUUUAAUCACAACAAUGUGGACAUUAGAGAUAUAAUCAGCGUCUCAUUUCUAGACCAUUCGAUUUGGAAGACAAAUAUUCCGUUCACUGUUUCAAAAGUAUUGAAAGUAAUACUAUAUUCCAAGAAUUAUAUACACAGAGUACCUGAUGUUUAUCAGGUUCAAUUGACCGUUGUAGGUGAAGCUUUAAAAGAGUUUGACCUGUAUGGAACAAGUUUUCCUUGUAGUAGGAUUAGGCAAAUGGACUUUCCCCACUUAGAAGUUUUGAACAUUUCCAACAAUGACUGCACCAAUAUUUCGUCUGAGAUUUUUAAACAUUUAACACAAUUAAAAAUUUUGCGAGCGUCAAAAAUGAAUUCCAAUUUUAUAGCCGAAUCAAGCAGGGGGACUAUAUUCGACGGUCUCAAAAACUUAGAACUGUUAGAUCUACAGCACAAUUUCAUUCAUCAUUUUCCAACUAUUUUAUUCAAAGAACAAACAAAAUUAAAUUUCCUUUACCUUAAUUACAAUUUCUUAUCAUCCAUUCCAAAUGCAGUGACACAUUUUCGAAACCUCAAAGAAUUAUACAUUCGAAGUAACAAAAUCAAGUCAUUGGAAACAUCCGACUUUCGUAUACUUCGAAGUCUUAAAAGAGUAAAAAUUUUCAUCAAAGGAAACAUUUUAGAUUGUGACUGCAGCCAUAUUUCUAUGCUUCGUUGGAUGAAGAAUAACCAGAAUCUCUUUGCGGAUCUUAAUGAAACCAAUUGCAUAGAAAAAUCUUCGAAUUUUUCUGAGCUCCUUCAAGUAAGACAAUUUGCUAAUUUUGAAAAGAGAUGCCAAACUGGGGUGUGGUUGAUUACUUCUUCCUUGAUGUUGUUUUUUGUAACAAUUGGACUGGUGGUUAGAAUUGUUAUAAAGAGAUAUCGUGUACAUGUUGACUAUGUCAUUCUACGUCUGCGUAACAGAUGGAAAGGUGUGGUACGUUCAGAGGAGAGUAACACCUUCCAGUUUGAUGCUUUCAUAUCAUACUCUGAAGAUGAUUACCAGUUGGUUUGCACAACAAUGUAUCAAGCGCUGACAAAUUUAGGAUUUCAAAUUAGCAUUCCCGAUAAAGACUUCAUUCCUGGAGUGAAUGAAGCUGAGCAGCUGGUGCAAGGUAUUGACCACAGUCGGAAAGUUGUCUUUGUCAUCACAGAAAAUUUCCUAGACAGUGGUUGGAAUUCGUACGCCGUCCAGAUGGUGGUGACCCAUGCUUUUCAUAACCGUCGAAAACGAUCCAUCAUAGUGAUUAUCAAGGACAAUAUUCCAAUAGAAAGAAUGCCGAAAGACUUGCGAUAUAUCUGGUGGUGUAUAAUCAGUAUAAGAUGGCCAGAGGUUGAACGGAUACAGCCGAUGGACAGUUUUUGGGAACAGAUUGGGGCCGCCUUACGGUCACCGUAAAUAUGUAUAUAUAUAUAUAUAUAUAUAUAUUUUUCACACCUCCAGUUGAUAAUUUCCCACCUGACUGGUAGGUAAGUCAUUGUUCACACCUGACCGGUCUUAAUCCCCCUCUGGCCACAAUUUUCAAAUAAUGGCCGGUAUUAUAAGGGUAAAUUACACAUGUUUGUUAACAAUUGUACUUUAAAAAGUGGCCGAUGUCCGGUUUUCAGGGGUGGCCGGUUUUGUGAGACUUUCUUUGUAAGAAAAUGUUAAGGUUUCUGCCAGGACUUUGAAAAUCGGACGAUAUUCAGGGAGAACCGGUUUUCUGAGGGAACGGUUUGGAGAAGUUUCACUGUAUAUAUAUAUUAUUGAUUUAGUUUUGUUCAUAAUGCAAUACAAUUGUAUCGGGUUUUUUCUUGUCACAGUAACAUUUGUAUACUUCAUUUCACUGUUUGUAUUACAAUGCAAUUGCACAAUGAUUUAUUAUAUUUCUUGGACUUCU